AUGUCUAAUCUCCUUCUCGAUCUCUCAAACUGCUGGGCGCAAUUAUUUGAGGAUGAUGACAAUUACGAUGUAAUUAUCUAUGCUGGUGAUGAAUCGACGGACGCAAAAGAAUUCAAAGCACAUAACUUGGUGCUUCGUGCAAGGUGUUCCUAUUUCAGAAGUGCUUUAUCGAACGAUUGGGCCAGGAAGGAAGGCGGAAUGUUCGUCUUCAGAAAGCCAAAUAUAAGUGGAAGUGUUUUUGCUAAGAUUCUUAGAUACCUAUAUACAGGCACAAUACCACUUGCUGACCAAGAAGGCUCCGAAAUCCUGAAAAUCGUCGUUGCAGCUGACGAAUUAGAUCUACAUACUCUGAUCAAUCAUAUACAAACAUAUCUUAUUACCGAAAAGACUUCGUGGUUAGACGAGAACCCAGUCGAAAUUCUCGAGCUGGUCUUUCAGCACGCAGCAUGUAAAUCUCUCCGAGAUUACUGUCUCGCAACAAUAUGCAAGAAACCUUCUAUCAUUUUCUCAUCACCAUCGUUUACAUCUUUGGAUGAAUCGAUGUUAAUUCUAUUGCUCAAACGAAAUGACCUGGGUAUGGAAGAGGCUGAAAUAUGGGACCACCUGCUUCAAUGGGGAAUAGCACAAAAUCCGGGGUUGUCUAGUGAUAUCUCUACAUGGGGAGACGAAGAAUGGUCAUUGCUUGAGGCUACUUUAUAUCAAUAUGUUCCACUUGUAAGAUUCUUUAAUAUUCCUUCUGCGGACUUCUCACGUAAAGUUCGUCCUUAUAAGCGUAUUCUUCCUAAAGGUCUGUUUGAAGAUCUAAUUUCCCAUUACUUAGACCCAGAUAAGCCAGUAGAGUCGACGAUACUCCCACCGAGGAUUCCGUUAUUCGAGUCAGUUAUUAUAGAACCAAUUUUUGGUAGUUUGUUAGCUAAUUGGAUAGAUGGAAUUGAUGACACUGCAGUGCAGUCGAGAAAAAUACCUUACGACUUUAAGUUAUUAUUAAGAGGAUCUGUUGACGGGUUCUCGUCGUCAAUAUUUCAUGAGAAGUGUUUAAUGCGAGGGCCUACUCUAAUUAUAGCAAAUGUGUCUUCGCAAAUAAUUGGUGGAUAUAAUCCUCUUGAUUGGUCAUUGCAACAAGGGUAUCAAUAUGCGACUCAAGCGUUCAUAUUCUCUCUUGGAGACGGCAAAUCGUUUGAUAAUGUUCGUAUCGGUAGGGUGAAGGAUGCAGAGAAUGCCGUGUGUUGUAGUGAGGGAAACUGGCCCGCGUUCGGAGCCGGACCUGAUCUUAGUAUUGGUGAUAAGAUGUGGAGUGCUAAACCUGUUUCAUAUCCGAGUGGUAUAUUUGAGUUUGAUGAUAGUCAAGUAGAAGACUAUGAAGUUUUUCAAGUGGUUGGAAGAUUUGGGAAUGUAUCGAGUGCGAGUUCGUUUAUUGAAUAA